AGUUCAUUCAUCAAUAAACAAUAUGGCGGCAAAAACCAAAUGUUUUUCAAUGUGAUGUCUUCUGUCACUGUCCUUAUAACUAUGCGAAAUAGUGAGAGUGUUCGCACCUCUAAGGAGUGCAAGAUUUCAUGCUAAAUAAUAAUAAAUAGCACAUAAGAAGUCGGAACAACGAAAACAAUGGAUUCGGAAAAUGAAGUUUUAAUAAAGAAGUUGCAGGAGCUGAGGAAAUCGGUAACGAGCGUAAUUAAUCAGUUGGUCUCUGGAAACGAUGUCACUACUGACGUGGACACCAAGCAAGUUUAUCAGUACUUAGAGCAAGCAGGAAAGCUUCUCUCUGGUGUGGGGAAAAUUCUCAGAGGAGAGACGCACAGUGGAACAGAAGCUGUUAAAGAAACAUCGAAAAGUGUUUGUAGUCCUGUGUGUGAUGAAAGUGAAAGUAGAACUACACAGAGCAGAACUACACAACCUGUAAUAUACAGAGUGGAGAGUAACUUUGAAAAGACAAUAUCGGAAAAUGGCAGUCAGAGGGGUAGUCGGGGGGAUAUUGUGGUGAUGAAUGAUGAAGUGGAGUCCAGGCAAUUUAAAGAUGAAAGUGACAGCAAUUCCUCAGACUUAAUCCUGGAAAACAAUGAUUGUGAUUCAGAUGCAACAGAUGACACACAGGAGGAAUCAACACCAGAGAUGCAAUCUUCCCACAAUUCCAAGCAAUCCCAUCAUUCUCUUGGCUCGGACUUGCAGGAGGAACCAAGGGAAGGGGAACUAGAUGAUGGUUUUGGAUCUGAUGAUGAUUUUAAUGACUGCAUGUUACAGGAGAUUGAUGAAGCAGAGCGAAGUUUCAACAACAACAAGGUUGUUGAACAGGAUGAUGGAGAUGGUGAUCCUCAGAAUCAACCUAUGGACCAGAAAUACCUACAAGCUCUAAAGCAGUAUUUUGGAUAUUCAAAAUUCAGGCCGAUGCAGUGGAAGAUUAUUAACUCAGUGUUGAAUGAGCAAAGAGACACCUGUGUUGUGAUGGCAACAGGCUAUGGAAAAAGCUUGUGCUAUCAGUACCCCUCUGUGUUUACCCAGAGGUCUACUGUGGUAAUAUCACCUCUUAUUUCCCUGAUGCAGGACCAAGUGAUGGGACUAAAGGCUGCCAAUAUUGAUGCCUGCUUCUUAGGAUCAGCUCAAGAGAAGUCUGGACAAGUUCUCCAAGACAUGAACAGGGGUAAAUACAGGAUAGUAUACAUCACCCCGGAAUACGCGUCUGGCACCGGAGAAAGUUGCCUGACCGAUCUAGACAGGAAGGUGGGCAUUGACCUGAUCGCUAUAGACGAAGCCCAUUGUGUGUCACAGUGGGGUCAUGACUUCAGGUCAGCCUACAGGUCACUAGGUCAACUCAAACAAAAAUUUCCAAAGGUUCCUGUCAUGGCACUGACUGCCACAGCAACACAGGAAGUUCGACUGGACAUCUGCAAGAGUCUGAAACUGAAGAACGCCAGUAUAAUCUGUACAGGGUUUGACAGACCUAACCUGUUUCUCUCUGUGGGAUUGAAGACUGACAUUGCCUUUGAUCUGCGCUCUCAGAUGACAAAACAGGGUUACCGCUACCACUUUGAUGGCCCAACCAUUAUCUACUGUCCCACAAAAAAGUCCACUAAUGAGGUGGCAGCAGUCGUUAAAGGUAUGAAUAUACCAAGUGCACCUUACCAUGCAGGACUGUCGCAAGCUGAGAGAAAUAAAGCUCAUAGGCAGUUCAUUAAUGAUCAGAUCCAGGUUGUUAUAGCAACAGUGGCUUUUGGGAUGGGAAUUGACAAACCUGAUGUUAGAAAGGUCUUGCACUAUGGAGCCCCUAAGGACAUUGAAUCGUACUACCAGGAGGUGGGGCGUGGGGGCAGGGAUGGACUCCCCAGCCAGUGUCACGUCUUCUAUACAGAGAAGGACUUCCUAACAUCCAGACACUUCAUUAAGGAACUACAGAGUGAGGCAUUCCGAGAACACAAGAUGAAAAUGCUGGGGAAAAUGCAGCAGUAUCUGAAGGCAUCUACUUGUAGAAGGCGGUUGCUUUUGUCUCACUUUGAAAACAGGAAGCUCGAUGACAUUGGAGGGACCACAAAUUGUUGUGAUAAUUGCUGCAGAAACAUAGAGAGAAGCCAACAACAAAGUUACUAUGAUGCCAAAAACUGGUCCUCUGUGCUGCCUCCCCCUGCUGAAAUUCCAAAAGAACAAGAUUUUAGUAAAGAGGCACAGGAACUGUUUAAUGCCAUGCUGACUUUAGGCAGCAGGUUUGGAAUUGCCACUGUUGUCAUGUUCUUGGUCGGGUCGCAUUCACAGAAAAGCAGCAAAUUUUCUCAUCUCCAAGGAUUUGGCAAAGGAAAGUACAGAAAAACCAAUUGGUGGAAAAGCUUUGGUAAAGCUUUGAUUUAUGAGGGAUACUUCGCAGCUGAACUCUCUGAUGAUUUGUGUAAAGCUUUGAUUUAUGAGGGAUACUUGAAGGAGGUGGCAAUCCCCAACAGCUUCCGCUCAACGGUUGAACUCUCCAAGAAGGGGUCCACUUGGAUGAGAGAGUCAGGUGCCCUUAGAAUGACCCCCACUUCAGACAUGAUGGCUGACAUGAGGCCGCCUGUGUCAGUCACAGUCAGGCCGGCUCCACCCAGGGGUCUUGUGAGGACUGUUAGCGAGCCAUCAGCUGGAGCCUCAAACUGGACCAGUAAACCAGAGGAACUUAGGAAAAAGUUCUCACCAAAGAAACCAGAAGUGGAUGAAAAGGCCAUCAGGAUUCAAGCAGAUCUGUAUUCCAAGCUUGUGAAGGAGAGAAAUGACUUAGCUCAGGAGACAGGAUACACGCCACACUCCAUAGCCAGCAACAAGGUGCUCCUAGACAUGGCCAAAAUCAGGCCCAGCAGUAAGGAGUCCAUGCUGAAAUUGGAGGAUUUUCCUCAGGCCAAAGUGGAGAAGUUUGGUCCUAUGUUUAUCAACAUUCUGAAAAAGUACUGCCAAGAAGGAGACAUAAAAAUGGAUGUUUUCCCUGAUAUUGAUCUGACAAAGAGUGAUGGAGAUUUACAAAUGGAACUGUGCAGGCUGACUGAAACCCAGCGAGCAUCCUACGUGAUGUUUAGUGUGGAAAACAGAUCAUUGGAAGAAGUAGCUUCCUUAAGAGGACUGAAAACCACAACAGUUGUAACCCAUCUGUGUGAGGCUAUCAGAAAUGGACUGGAGGUGGAUACAGUAAAACUUGGUGUAACAGCACAGAUUGAAAAGCUUGUCACUAAGGUCAUAAGGGGCCCAGAGAUACAGUCAGUUAUAAGUAAGCUGACCCCGAUUAAGGACAGACUUCCGGACUAUAUUGAAUACAAUCACAUAAAAGUGGUCAUUGCUCUCCUGGUCAGCAGAAAUGGUCAAGCCAUGUCAGAAGCAGGGGAUCUUGUGUUGGAGGACCACUCAUCUCAAGAUCAGGAACAGAAGGACAUUGUUAUUACAAAAUGUGAAAGUGCAAGUGGGUCUCAGUCCACACAAAACAAUUCCCAGCGGAACUCAGCAGAAGCAGCUGGCCAAAAACGAAAACUGCCCACAUGGAUGGGCGACAGGUCCAAACCGGUCAUGAGCAAGAAAAUGAAGUCUAACAGUCUCUUCAGGUGAAGCUUAUGGAUUCAUACAGAGAACAUUUACUGGUGCCUGGUAACAGGAUGAGGAGUAGACGAGGACAAAACCAGUCUUCUCAGUUGCAAGCCAGCUGUGUUCAUUAAUUUGGGUAGCAAUGUUUAUAUUGCUGAAUUCGGUGCAGUUUAUGUUUAGUGCUGCUUUUAAAUACAUGGAUGUGUAAUUUGGAAGUAUAUUGUUUGAUAGCGUUUUUUGUUUUCUGUGUAGAAGCAGUGGUUGUUACAUGUAACUGUGAUGCUACAGUUUUAUGACAGACAUUUACUCAAGUAUCAUGAAAUCAUAUAAAACUGCACUAAUUAGUGAAAAGUACCAGUACAAGAAGUCCAAUAAAUGUUUAUACAUGUACAUUAUAUCACAGAAAUACACAAUAAUGAAUGGCUGGAAAAUAAUGUACAACCAUAAAACUAAUAUUCGCCAUCUAUCACAAUUUUCAUACAAAUGAAUCAAGUUACAAGGCAAACAAAUGAACAGAUGAUUAAUAUUCAACAUGAAAUUAGGCUACCAAAUAUGGUCUAUGUUCAGUUACCUUAUCCAACAUGAAAGAUUGAUUGUAUCUUGUUUAACGUCUCUCUCGAGAAUUUUUACUCAUAUGGAGACGUCCCCAAGACUGGUGAAGGGCUUCAAAUUUAGGCCUAUGCGUGGCGCUUACAGCCAUUGAGCAGUAAGGGUUCUUUAGCGUGCCACAUCUACUGUGACAUGGGUCAUCCGUUUUUAAGGUCAUCUCCGAGGACCCGUGACACUCACACCUGAUGCCGAGCGUUUGGUGAUGAAAGCAGAAGCCCAAGUUCAAACAUUUUGCGUUAAAGGACUAGACAUGAUUUACAUCUAAUUUGGCCCCUCAAACUGCGAAAAUUCAUGUGAUAUCCUUAAAGUUUGAAGUACAUGUAUAUGAUUUUCAAAUUUUCUAAUUCAUGUACGAAAGAAGAAUGAAGAUAUUUCCAACCAAUUCCACACCAUUCUUGUAAUAUGAUGUCAGAAAUGAAGCAUUUUUAUCCUCCACUGCUUUAUUAGUUGGGCAGAAAUGCCAGGAAAGUGAUUUUUUAUGCUUAUGCAAAACUGUUUGAAAUUUGAAUGAUUGUAACAUGACUCAAUUUCAUUAGAUGUGUUUCAUCUAUGAUGAGUCGGAAAUAAUGUUGAAUUUCAAAAUAAAAUAACUAGUUCAAAA